GUGGGAUGCUACAAACCACCACUGUCCAGAGUGCUCACGGCAGAAGACAACUUAUCGACAGCCUCAGAGGCGACAAAGUAAAGAAACCGGAUUCAGCAAAUGCCACCCCGCAAACGGGCAAAGAAGGAAGCGCAAGUUGCUUCCCGACCUACGACUUCUCCGCCUCCGGCUCCCCUAGCAAAGGAUCCCGGCGUUGCUGCCGUUGAGAAAGACAAUGAGCAAAGAAACAAGAGCAUCACGGACGCGGACGUCCGACCAGUCCAUGACCGCCCCGGCCACAUCGGCACGCCUGAGAGUAUGGACGCGGUUGUUGACCAAGACAAUGCCCCUCUCGGCGAAGCCGAAGUAGACGACGACCUCGAGGACGCUGCCGCCGAGCCGCCAACAUCAGCGAGCCGACCGGGCUAUGUUGCCGCGGGAGGAUACAACGCGCUCAAAACGUUCAACGGCCGAGUCUACUCGGGGAUGGCCAUCGGCGGCUCACACAUGUGGAACUACGACCAGGGUCAGUGGAAGGAGACCAAGGUCGAGCCAGACCUGUGGAAAGUCGAGUUCGCGACGAAGAAGCACCGGGCGAGAAACGCGCCCAAGGGCAGCGGUGCUCCUGUCGGGACCGAGUACCACUGGCUGCUGGUCGCCCACCAACACGUCAAGAAGAUCGACGCAAACACGUACGAGACGCGCCUGGUGGGAUCCAAGUACAAGCUGGCCCACAAGCUGGCCUCGUCCAACGCCUGGUCGGUGCCGACCGUCAAGGCCCAGCGGGAGCGCGAAGUCGAGCUCCUCGAGGAUGCCAAGCUGCGAGUGCAAGGGUUGCCGCCCGUGGCGGCCGGCGAGAAGGUGAGGACGACCAAGGACGAGAAAGGCCAGCUGAAGCUGGACGCUCUGUUUGCCAAGGCGAAGAAGGGAGGAGCGGAGACCUCGGGCCCCUCGGGGAGUGGUGAGACGAAGAGGAAGAGAGAGUUCUCCGGGAGCGGUGAUUCGGAGUAGGGCGCUUAUGGGUACCUACCUAUUUACGAACAGAUUGGUGCGGGUGGGAGGUCUGGGGAGAUGUGAUUGCCCGGUGACAUCGUCACCACGUCCCUAGGUUGGGCGAGACUGAGACAAGCUGAAGAGCGGCUACCCUGCCGUCUCACAGGCUACGCCGUAAAUGAAGCAAGAUCGAUCUGGCGGAAUUCGUCUGCGCGUGUAAAACUGCCAACAGUUGGGAGCUGGAGGCACACAUAUCGUCUCAGCCUCGG